UCACAGAGCAGCCAGAUGGUAUCACAGUGAACGCUAUAGCCUACUCGCAGAGUUCAGUGACAGCUUUCCACAUGUAACGUUUAGAGAGUUGUGAGAAGCAGUGGUCGUUCGCACAGGCACAGCAUUUUGCACGUUGUGAACAUCUAAGCGAGUGGUUCGUAAACGACUGAAUGAUGACAGCAAAAACUUUAGAAAAAGCCCCCGUAACUCUUGGCGGCUUUGUGCACCCUCUGUCCGAAAGCAUCUACUCAGUGGACGAGAUCACAUCACUGCCUGCUUCUGUGACUAUAUUUCCAAAUGGUGAUUUGGGAGGACAUUACGAGCAGAUCAACGGGACUUCGGGAGAUGGCUUGAUCAGCGGGGACAUGUGCACAGAUAAGCGUUCUCUCGACUUGUCCUAUUCCAGCAGCUUCGCGCAACCAGCUGGCCCUCGCAACCAAACUUUCACCUAUAUGGGCAAGUUUUCCAUCGACUCCCAGUACCCAGGAAACUGGAACCCAGAGGGCGUGAUCAACAUCGUGAGCGCGGGGAUCCUGGGCAUGACCCAGCCAUCCUCAGCAUCCUCGUCACCUGCAUCCUCAGUCUCCCCGAGUCACUUCUCCAGCACUCUCAACUGCACCAUGGCGCAGAACCAGUCCGACAUGGAGCACAUCUACUCUCCUCCGCCACCCUACUCUGGAUGUGGAGAGGUCUAUCAAGACCCAUCCGCGUUCCUCUCGACGUCCACUUGUCCGAUCUCCUAUCCCCCGCCAUCCUACUCAUCCCCCAAACCAAACACAGACUCCGGGCUGUUCCCCAUCAUCCCGGACUAUGCCAGCUUUUUUCAGCCUCCGUGCCAGAGGGACAUGCAGUCCAUGCCCGACCGCAAACCGUUCUCCUGCCCGCUGGAGUCUUUCAGAGUUCCUCCACCCUUAACACCACUGAACACUAUCAGGAACUUCACACUGGGGGGGCCUGUGUCUGACGGACCCAGGCUACCCACAGCCUACAGCCCGCAAAAUCUGCCCCUCAGGCCCAUUCUGCGCCCGAGGAAGUACCCCAACAGACCCAGUAAGACGCCCGUCCACGAGCGCCCCUACCCCUGCCCGGCGGAGGGCUGCGACAGGCGCUUCUCCAGAUCGGACGAGCUCACCAGACACAUCCGCAUCCACACCGGCCACAAACCCUUCCAGUGUCGGAUAUGCAUGCGGAACUUUAGUCGCAGCGACCACCUGACGACCCACAUCCGCACGCACACCGGCGAAAAACCGUUCGCGUGCGACUUUUGCGGGAGAAAGUUCGCACGGAGCGAUGAAAGAAAGAGACACACCAAAAUCCACCUGCGACAGAAAGAGAGAAAGUCCUUGUCAUCUUCCAGCUCAGAGCGCAACAUCACCAUGGGCUCAUCCGCGGGCAUCUGCUCGUCCAGCUCAAGCCAGUAAAUUUUCAAAUGGACUGUGCAAUAUCCAACACUAUAUAGGUAAUAGCUAAUGAAAAUAAUCAUGCACCACUCGUAAUAUAUUCAAACUGGGUGAACUGAGUGAAGUCAAACCACAGUGACAAAAGGACACAUUCAUUGCGCGCACUUUAAAGGUGGUGCGGUGGUGCGUUGC